CCUCCAGUCUGUAGUUAGAAUCAGACACACACGCACGCACACACGCAGGCUCGCGCGCGCUCGGAGGGAUGAGUUCGGUGGUGAGUUGGAGCAGCGCGCGCUGAGAGAUGAGCGCGGGGAGGACGGUGUGUUUGUGCGCGCUCGCGCUGCUACUGCUGCUGUUGGCCAGGUGCGCGCGCGGCGAAGCGGCCCAGUACUCCAGCGACCAGUGCAGCUGGAGGGGCAGUGGUCUCACUCAUCAGUCUCACCUGCGGGAUGUGGAACAGGUGUAUCUGAGGUGUUCUGAAGGUUCUCUGGAGUGGCUCUACCCCACAGGAGCCAUCAUCCUGAACCUCAGGCCCAACACGGACCCGGCACAGAACCUGCAACGCUCUCAGACCCCUCAGGCGGCGGCUCGGGGGGUGUGUCUGCGGCCGCGUGCCGGCUCCAGCGGCGCCUCGGUGUUCCUGCGGCAGGACGGGGAGCUGACGCUGCUGCUGAGCGAGGAGGACCAGGCGUCCGGCCGGCAGCGCUGCUUCAGCCUCCCGCAGCAGGGGGCGCUGUUUAUAGAGGCUACAGCUCACAGAGACAUCAGCAAGAGAGUCACCGCCUUCCAGUACCAGCUGACCAGCGGAGGAGACCAAUCAAAUUCAAAUUCAGCUGCAGGUGUGUGUAGAUCCUGCACUGAUGAGCAGAUCCUCAUGGCCGUCUGCACCAGUGACUUCGUGGUGAGGGGCAUCAUCCAGUCCAUUGAGGAAGAUGAGGAUGAUGAAGGUCAGGGAUCGUUGGAGGUGUUAUCCAGUCGUGUGUUUCGGCAGAAGAAGCGAGUGUUCCUGCCGGCCGGCGGUGGGAUCCGCGGGCCUGCCCGGUGGUCAGGUCUCAUAAGAGUCCAGAAAAAGUGUGGACUGGAACUGGAACGAGGGGCGGAGCUUCUGUUCACUGGGUCAGUGAGGUUCGGGGAGGCGUGGCUUGGUUGUUGGUCUCAAUAUAAAGACUUCCUUCAGAUUUAUCACUCAGCUCUGGAGACGGGAACCAACCCCUGUCAUAUACAUACUGACUGAACACAGGAACACUUUCACUUUUCAUGGAACCCUUGAAGAACCUUCUUUUUUAAGGAUGUUCUACCUGAAAAGUUCUUCCUCAAAGGGUUCUUUAUAAAAGAGAAAAGACAAUGGUUCUAUAGAGUAUAUAAAGAAUAUUCAAAUCUCUGAGUGGUCUCAAACCACAUACAGCUCUGUAAAAAUGAAGAGUUCACUUCAGUUUCUCUGAUUUUUGAUUUUAUAGGUUUAUGUUUAAGUAAAAUUAACAUAAUUAUAUGUUAUAAUUAAUUGUUUUAUUCUAUAAACUACAGACAGCAUUUCUCCCAAAUUCCAAAUAAAAAAUAUUCUCAUUUAGAGCAUUUAUUUACAGAAAAUGAGAAAAAAAGAUGCAGAGCUUUCAGACCUCAAAUAAUGCAAAGAAAACAAGUUCAUAUUCAUAAAGUUUUAAGAGUUCAGAAAUAAUCAAUAUUUAGUGGUUUUUAAUCACAGUUUUUUUCAUGCAUCUUGGCAUCAUGGUCUCCUCCACCAGUCUUACACACUGCUUUUGGAUAACUUUAUGCUGCUUUACUCCUGGUGCAAAAAUUCAAGCAGUUCAGUUUGGUGGUUUGAUGGUUUGUGAUCAUCCAUCUUCCUCUUGAUUAUAUUCCAGAGGUUUUUCAUUUGGUAAAAUAAAAGAAACUCAUCAUUUUUAAGUGCUCUCUUAUUUUUUUACAGAGCUGUAUAGGACCACUGCUUUUUCUGUUGAACACCUUCUUGUAAAGACCUAAAGAUGCAUGAGUUCUUCAGUAAAGACAGUGGUUUAUAAAGUGUUUAAAUGUUUGAAGAACUCCUUUUUAAUGAUUUAUCAAGGGGUUCUUCACAAAAUGCAGCAGUUCUAAGAAGUGCUCCAGCGGUGCUUUUGUUAGAAAGCUUUGUGAAUAGUUAGAUCAGUCGAUUUUUCAGACUGAGACUGUGUGUAGUUGUGUGUGUAAAUACAGUGUGUGUGUGUGUGUGUUUUCUCAGAUUGUGUAAUUUAACCAGGAAUAAAGUAUUCACUUCCUGGAGACAGUUGUGAGAAUAUAACCUGUACAUGUGCGAUUUACCUUCUCCAUCACCACCAAACUCAAACCAACUCCAAUAAACCAUCAAUUAUAACCCAAA